CCGUCGCGGAAAACAAAAAGCGAUGCGCAAUCUACUGGCGGUCGCGUUGGUCGGCCUCGCCGUGGCCACGGCCGAAGAACAAGAUUAUCCCGAUGGUUCGAAGGGAGUGUGCAGGAACGUGAGAUGGUCGGGUGGCGAUUCGAUCGACUGGCCGUGCGCCGUGACCGAGCAGCUGUACAAGAGCAGCAACAAAUUCAUCGGCAAAAACAUGCUGUCGACUCGCACUGCCGUGUACGAUGACACUGCCUUCCUCGCUUUCCCCAGAUUGAAAUCCGGGAUCCCGUUCACUCUGGCCAAGGUGAGCCUGCGGAGCAAAGGCUGCGAGGCGAGUAUAACGCCGUUCCCUUGCUGGUCGCUGCAAGAGGAAGGCAACUGCGCCGCCCUGCAGAGCGUCGUCGACGUAUUUCUCGACUCGUACGGAAUCCUCUGGGCGCUCGACACCGGCAUCGUCGACUCGCUGGACUGUCCCGUGAGGCGCUGCUCGCCGAAAGUCGUCGCGAUCAACGCCAGGACCGGAAAGGUCGUCAAGACGAUCGAUCUCAGCCCGCUGACGACCGAUCGAUCUCGCCUCCAGUACGUGGUGGCCGACUACGCCGAGAACGGGCACGUUUUCAUCUACGUCUCGGACGCAGCCAGCCGUGCCGUUCUCGUAUUCGACGUCACCUCGGGUCGCGGCUAUCGCGUGAUUCUGCCGAAAGCGGUGACCAGCGGCGCUGCUCGCCUUGACGUUCUCAGCCUGGCACUGAUUCGUCGUCCCGAUGGUACCAGCUGUUUGUUAUUCACUUACUUCAGCGGCAGCAACUUGUUCUCGAUCAAGACAACUUAUCUGCAGUCCGGCCAGGCCAAUGGCAAAGUCAACGAUCUCGGCCCGAAGAAGGGAAAAGUCGUGUUUUUGGGGACGGACAACGGCAGCGCGAUUUUCUUUAGACGCGAGGGCGAGAGCGACAUUUACAGGUGGGAUCUACUUGAUUGCCCCACGAAAGAGAAUAUUUUGAAGGUUUACAAAGGGAAGAAGUGCGAGUUGCCCACGCACGUUGUACCCGAUUACAAUAGGAGCAGGAUGAGGGUGCUCGAGUCCAAUUUUCCCGAUUUCUUCCAAGGCACCGUUGGCUGCGGUGCCAAUCACGCUCUCAAUAUUUUUUAGGUGCGCAACCGUCGUCCAAACGUUCAUCUUUCCUUCGUUCG